AUGUCAGCGCAAUACCAACAGAGGGAUUAUUACAACCGGCGGUCAGACAUAUCGGAAAACUAUGAAGCCCCACGGAGAAAAGCAUCACGCCGCGACCAGAGCGCAAGAUCCAGCGAAGGCACUGUAAGCACAAUGAUGAGCUCCUCGACAGGUCGAGAGUCGGCCGCAACGCAUGUCACUGAGGGACCGGCCUACUCUAAGAAGAUUGUCGUUGUCGGAGAUGGUGGAUGCGGGAAGACAUGUCUGUUGAUAAGCUACAGUCAAGGUUAUUUCCCAGAGAAAUACGUACCAACAGUCUUCGAGAACUACAUCACCUAUCCAACACAUCCUGCGAGCGGCAAGACCCUCGAGCUGGCUCUUUGGGAUACGGCAGGUCAGGAAGAAUAUGAUCGUCUUCGACCACUGUCAUACCCCGAGACCGAUCUCCUUUUCGUCUGCUUUGCUAUCGACUGCCCCAACUCACUUGAGAACGUCAUGGAUAAGUGGUACCCAGAAGUUCUUCAUUUCUGCCCGUACACUCCUCUCGUUCUUGUCGGUCUCAAGUCAGACCUCCGAACAAAACGAACAUGCAUCGACCUCCUUAAGACUCAGGGACUAACACCAGUGACCCAAGAACAAGGAAUGGGGGUUGCUCAAAAGAUGGGGGCGCGAUACAUGGAGUGCAGCAGCAAGGAAAUGACUGGUGUAGAAGAGAUAUUUGCGGACGCCAUCAACCUGGUCGUCCAGAAUGACCGAAGUAACCAGCAACAACAACCUCAACAAGGGGGUCCAACUCAACCGGGCGGAGUGAGGAAGAAGAAACGAAACUGCAGAUUCCUCUAA